GCCGCGGCGACGGUUCCGCCCCGCGGCGGGCGAGAGCGCCGGGAGACGGCUGGACGCAGGCUGGGCGCGGUGCGGCCCGGACGAUGCUGCUGAGCCCCGGCCCGGCCCGGCCCAGAGCACAUGAUGGCGAUACGGGAGCUCAAAGUGUGUCUUCUCGGGGACACGGGGGUUGGGAAAUCAAGCAUCGUAUGCCGGUUUGUCCAGGACCACUUUGACCACAACAUCAGCCCCACCAUUGGGGCAUCUUUUAUGACCAAAACUGUGCCUUGUGGAAAUGAACUUCACAAAUUCCUCAUCUGGGACACCGCUGGCCAGGAGCGGUUUCACUCGCUGGCUCCCAUGUACUAUCGAGGAUCGGCCGCAGCGGUGAUAGUGUAUGACAUCACUAAACAGGAUUCAUUUCAUACCUUGAAAAAAUGGGUUAAGGAGCUGAAAGAGCAUGGCCCAGAAAACAUAGUGAUGGCAAUUGCUGGGAACAAAUGUGACCUCUCAGAUAUUAGGGAGGUGCCCUUGAAGGAUGCUAAGGAAUACGCUGAAUCCAUAGGCGCCGUUGUGGUUGAGACAAGUGCGAAGAACGCCAUUAACAUCGAGGAGCUCUUCCAAGGAAUCAGCCGCCAGAUCCCACCCUUGGACCCCCAUGAAAAUGGAAACAGUGGCGGGAUCAAGCUUGGGAACCAGAGCUUGCAAGCCAGCCGGCGGUGCUGCUGACCCCAGGGCCGUAUGGAGCACAAAGGAGGAAGCCAGAGCCCUCUCCAGUGUCUGGGGCACUCAGAAGGACCCUACCCUCGGGACUGCCUGCCUGCCGGAGAGUGAGCAGCAUUGCAUGCUGGGAGACCUGCCGGAUGCUGAGCAGGGAAGGUCCCUGAGAAGAGAUUAUCGAAAACUCGGGAAAACUCACUGUACCUCCACAACAUGGCCUUCGGUUUAUAAAACGCACACGGCAGGGGUUGUACUUAUUAGGUAAUAGGUAUAGUUGCCGUUUUUUGUUAAAGAAAUAUUAGAAAAUUUUUAGAUUUGUUCACAAACCUUGCCGUGCUCUUCUUCUCUGACCUUGGAUGUCAUCUAGUCAGAUUCCAGUAACUUCUCCAGGGCCAGGGUCUUUUUCUCUGGCCAGUUCACCAAAAGGCAAAGGCAAU